AAAAAAAGGGAAAGACGGGGGACAAAUUUGUCACGCCCGAAAAAAGAUGAAGGGACGGAAGUACCGAGCUCAGCUCCACAAAAUCUUUGUAUUUUCUAUCCAUGGCGACGCUCUGUUUUUCCUCCCUCAAUCCUCUCUUCUAUUCCUUUUCUUCUUCUUCGUCGUCUUCAACCAAUCAUUUCCUCCCUCAACUCUCCCUAACAAAACAAGAAAUCCCCACACUCUCCCGUUACAAUUCUAAACGUAGGAAGCUUUUAUAUCAACCCACAAGGCUCAUUCUCCACCCUGUUUUGUUGCUCAGCGGCUUUGAUAAGCCCUUGGAUACCCAAACUGUUCUUGCGACCAUCAGUGUUUUGGUUGCCAUUGCACUCUCUCUCUUUCUUGGCCUCAAGGGUGAUCCUGUCCCGUGUGACCGUUGUGCUGGAAAUGGUGGUACAAAAUGUGUCUUCUGCGAAGAUGGUAAGAUGAAGCAAGAAACAGGCCUGAUUGAUUGUCGGGUGUGUAAAGGUGCAGGAUUGAUACUUUGCAAGAAGUGUGGAGGUUCUGGAUAUUCAAGACGAUUGUGAGCUGUGGUUCUGCUUGCAACAUUCACAUAUAUUUUUUAUCUGUAAGGCUAAUUUACCAGUGCUUUAAUUCAUUCAUCCAAUCACUUCUUUCUUUUUUUUUUUUCUUUAUUCUUUUCCCUUUGUUUUGUCUCCUCCUUCUGUGUACAACUAUGUUAUUCUGAAUAUCUGAUUGUGAAAUUUCUAACAAAAGGGCAAAUAUCUUUGUGAUUUGUUCCAUUUCAAUGAGUGUUCUUAAGGCUAUUUCCCAGUGACCAAAUCUACUUACAAGAGUUCGUGCUUUUCUUUUAUUAAUUUUGAAAAAGAAAAAUGUAUUGGCAAUGAGGUCUUGGUUUAGUAGCAAGGAGGAGACCCUAGAAUCUUGACGUCUUAGGUUCAAAUCCCACUGUGUGUGGAUUUAGUUGUUUACUUAUGUUAUGAUCAUAGUUGUAACUCUAAAAAAUUGUGUUUUCCCCUUUAUUAUGAUGUAAAAUUGUGGAGGAUUAUGGGUUUUCUUGUUUUUAUGUAAUAAGGUCGAUGGCUUGGAGAUUAUCAUCCAAAAGGAACAAGUAGUUAGUAAUAUAAUCAACAGUAGACUCAAAGAUUUUCUUUUUGGUACAAAAGAGAUUGUAAUAUGAGGAUGAAGAAAAGUAUAAGA